CUGCAGUUGCAAGACAUUGUCCUUGACCAAACUGCACUGUAGGUUUCAUUAUAACCACUGCCAAAAAAAUUGCUUGCUGAAACGAAAUGGAUUGGACAGAGCCGAUUCCAGCAUUGUUCCUCUUUAUCCUUAUGAUUACCUUUGUUUUGAAACUGGGCAUUUUCUGGAACAAGAGCUCCCAAAAUCUUCCACCAGGACCAAGGCCUUUACCUCUCAUUGGGAAUCUCCACAUCAUGGAUCUGAAGAGGCCUUACAGAACCAUGUUAAAGUUGUCAAAGCAAUAUGGCCCUGUUUUCAGCAUCCAAAUGGGACCCCAGAAAACUGUGGUGUUGGCAGGAUAUGAGACCGUAAAGGAGGCUCUGGUUAAUCAGGCAGAUGCAUUUGCAGACAGGUCCAUCAUUCCCAUACUUCAAGAUCUUGCACCAGGCUUUGGUGUAACUCUGUCUAACGGUGAAAACUGGAAAGUGAUGCGGCGGUUUGCUUUAAGCACAUUACGGGACUACGGAAUGGGAAAGAGGACCAUAGAGGACAGAAUUGUUGAGGAAUGCAGUGUCCUGAUAAAGAAAUUUGAAUCCUACGAAGGAAACCCAUUUGAGACCAACACAAUUAUGAAUGCAGCUGUUGCCAAUAUUAUAGUGGCCAUACUACUAGGCAAGCGAUUUGAUUAUGAAGAUCCCACAUUCAUAAGACUUCUGAAGUUGAUCAAUGAAAAUAUCCGGCUUUUUGGAAGCUCUUCAGUCACGCUUUAUAACAUGUUUCCCACUCUUGGUUUUCUUUUGGGGGCUCCUAAGAAUUUCACUCAAAACAGAGCUGAGCUGUUUGCCUUCAUAAAUGCCACCUUCCUAAAACACCUGAGAGAUCUGGAUGAAAAUGACCAGAGGAGCUUUAUUGACUCAUUUCUUAUCCAACAGCAAGAGUUCAUACUCUUUGCAACCCAGGAGGAAAAGAAGAACAAGACGAAUGGAUACUUCCACAACGAAAACUUAAAAAAUGUUGUGCUCAACUUGUUAGCUGCUGGCAUGGAGACCACUUCUACCACACUGCGCUGGGGACUGUUACUAAUGAUGAAACAUCCUGAAAUUCAGAUAAAGGUCCAAGAAGAAAUUGCAAUGGUUGUUGGAUCUUCUCAGCCAAGAAUUGAACACCGAACAAAAAUGCCUUAUACAGAUGCUGUGGUCCAUGAGAUCCAGAGAUUUGCCAAUAUUGUCCCAACCAACCUGCCACUUGCCACGGCUACAGAUGUUACCCUCAAUGGCUACUUCAUUCCAAAGGGGACUCACGUCAUACCACUGCUGUCCUCUGUGCUGCAUGAUGAAUCUCAAUGGGAGAAACCACAUAAAUUCUAUCCUGAGCAUUUUCUCAACUCUGAAGGAAAAUUCGUAAAGAGAGAUGCUUUCAUGCCUUUCUCCGCAGGACGGAGAGCAUGUUUAGGUGAGACUCUUGCCAAAAUGGAGCUUUUCCUCUUCUUCACAAGUCUCCUGCAGAGAUUUACCUUCCAGCCACCCCCUGGAACAUCUCAAGAAGAUCUGGACCUUACUCCUGCUGUUGGGGGUGUAACACCUCCUAUGCCCCACCAGCUCUGUGCUCUGACACGUUUUUAAGAUUCACGAAUUCCUGGGUUGCUUAUCCUACCUGUGUGUGCAAUGCGAGCCUUUUUUAAGAAACACCCCAUUCAACGGGGGUAUUUUGAUUGAGUAGCCUACUGGUUGAAUUGGUCCAUGCUUUGUCAAAAACCUUAAGUGUCCCCCAUUACUGCUGAAUCCUUUGAAACUAGCAUUGGAGCAUCUCUUACGUAAAACCUGGCUCUGGGUUCCUAUGACACUAUGGGCAUACAUAUCAAGCAACAAAACUGGUUUCAUGUAUUCCCAUGUUAACAUACAGUAUACCUUCAAAUAUCUUGAUGCAUCAUAUUCCCAGGUAGAGAAUGUGCAGAUAAUUGUUACCAAGAUGAUAAAGGGUCUGGAAAUCAUGCCUUAUGAGGAAUGGUUGAGGAAGUGGGCUAUGUUAGCUUCUGUGGCUUCAAUGUAUUUGGAUUCUGUAGAAGACAAGGCUAUGCAGUGGUACCUCGACUUCCGAACGACUUGACAACCAAAUUUUUCAAUUUACGAAUGGGGCAAAUGGCCGCGCGCUUAUGAUUUUUUCGACAUCCAAAUGGAAACCACGGCAGUUUUAGAGUUUUUUCGACUUUUGAAGUUUUCCGUUUCCAAUGCAUUCCUAUGGGAAAUCGCAUUUCCAAUGGUGCUUUUCGACUUACGAAUUUUUCGACCUACGAAGGUGCCUUCGGAACGGAUUAAAUUCGCAAGUCGAGGCACCACUGUACAAUUCUGUAUAUAACUGCCCCAGGAGAUUGGACCAUUGGCAGACAUAAAAGCAUACCCACCUAUAGAUUUAUAGGGUUUUUUGCAACUGGGUUUGCUUCUGGCAUCUUGAUGCUGUCAAUUAGUUCAGUGACUUUCUGUUUCUGGCUUAGAAUAAAACAGCCAUCUUCUCUCUGUAUCUGGACUCCUAGAUAGUAAUGAACCUUUUCUUGUUCUUUGACUGCCACAUCUUUGCUUAAAUUUUCUUCUACUUCUAUGUACUCUCUUUCAUUUAUGAUUGCAAUUAUCAGGUCAUUCAUGGGUGUCAGAACGUAAGACAAUUGUUCAUUCUUACAUUUGUUGUACAAACACUUGUCUCCAUGGCCCUAGUUGUGUUAGCAUGGUGUGUGAUAUUUCGUUCCAUGCCCUAGUAGCUUCUUUUAGUCCUUAAAGCCCUUUUUGAAGUCUGCAUAUCAAAUGCACUUUGUUUGACUUGAUAAAACACUUGCUACAUGUAAAUCUCCUCUGAGAUUUUGCCAUGUAAAAAUGCAGCUUUUAUGUCUAUGUGUCUCGUGCCUAUUUGCUUAGGCGGCUUUGCCUAAAAGCGUUCUGAUGGUGGUGUAUCUGACUACUGGAGUGCAUGGGGCAUCCUAGUCUUCUCCAUAGCGUUGACUGAAACCUUGUGAACAAGCCUCACUUAGUAACACUGCACCUCCCCUUCUGCACCCUGUUUCACUUUAAAACCCACUUGCUUCCUAAGGCAUUCUUUCCAGGAGGCAGGUCAGUAAAGGUUCAGGAGUGGUUCUGGUGCAGUGUAUCUAUUUCCUACUAUGGAACAUCCUUCCAGAGAUGGGCUUGAGUGGCUGGUAUCACCUCUAUCAUUUCCCAGGUAGAAGGUUCUAUGGGUUGCACUGACCCUGUGAGGUAGGAUAGUCACGGUGAUAGGACACCUCUAUUGGAUUUUGAUGAGCAUCUGAACUGUGGUCCUGGAACUGCUUCCUCCUCAUCCUCCAGUGCAGGCAUCUCUACGUCAGACUUAUUAACCGUCUUGGAGCUCAGGAGUCCUGAUCACACACCAUGUGCUGUUUAAAUGUAGGGGAUUUCUGUGACUUUACGGUUUUGCAAGCCUUGGCUAUACAGGAAUACCUCAUUUUGUGACCAGGAUCUGUUCUGGAGUCCCGGUCGCUGGCCGGAAAGGACACUGGACAAAGUGUCACAUCUGUGCACACGCAUGGAAUGGUUUGUGCUUUUGUGCAUGUGCGAAGCGUGAUUUAGCACUUCUGUGCUUGUGCGAGUGGUGAACCCAGAAGUAACCUGUUCCGAUACUUCCGGGUUUGCCGUGGACGUUCAACAGAACGGGCGCUCGACGAGGCGGACACUAGACGAAGUACCACUGUAUGUAUUUCCUUGUUACAAUUAAAACACAAACUUUUUUCUUGGGCCUUGUGCUUCACUUGGUACUUAGACAUAUAGUUUGAAUCAUUGGCUUUGGCAGUUCUGAUUGGAGAGUCUUGUAUUCUUUCCACACGUUCCUCUCUCAGAUAGGCAAUCACUUUUCUUAGAGUUAAGUGAGUUGCAAAAGUCUCAGAUUUAGGUCCCAGGAAAUAACCAACUUUCUGGUCUUCCUGUAUUCUGUGAAUUCUAGUUUUCAAUCAUUGUUAAGAAUUCUAUUAUGUGACUGCUCCAGUCUUUCUUAGAUCUGAGCCUCUUGGGCUUGCUAAUUAGAAGAUCAGUGGUUCAAAUCUGCGUGGUGGGGUGAACUCCCAUAGUUCUGUCCCAGCUCCUGCUGACCUAGCAGUUCGAAAGCACACCAGUGCAAGUAGAUAAAUAGGUGCCACUACAAUGUGAAGGUAAACAGUGUUUCCAUGCGCUCUGGCACUCAUCACAGUGUCCCGUUGCGCCAGAAGUGGUUUAAUCAUUCUGGCCAUAUGACCCUGAAAGCUGUCUGUGGAAAAAUGCCAGUGCCCUCAGUCUGAAGGGAGAUGAGCACCACAACCCCAUAGUUGCCUUUGACUGGACUUAACCGUCCAGGGUCCUUUACCUUUUUUACCUUUUAAAAAAAACACGCACACACGCACACACACAACAACAACAAUCCAAAAUACAAUCUAGCAUCCAAAAUACUACAGAGAAGUAUAGCUACUUCUAGUUUAUUCUGCUUUUCCCAUGCCACGAUUGGUGUUUUGCUGCCAAUUUCUUCAAAAGUCCAAUACAAAACAAGCAGCACACGAGGGCACAAGAUUCAAUCAAGUUUCAAUCAAGUAUUAUUAAUCCAAAAAGAAAACAAUAAGAGAACCAUAUACAAGUGCUGACACAGAAGCCAAAACCAAACGUCAAGCAGAUAGCAUAUACAAAUAAAUACCGAAAGGCAAACCAGUCUUAAUGGUCUUUGAGUAGUACAAUUUCUAAAAUACAUGUACAUAUAAAUAGAUACUUACAUUUCUUAUAUUCAGAGUUUUCUUAGUUUGAGCAUGUAUAUACAUGUAUUUUAGAAAUUGUACUACUGUAUUAGUUUAAAUAAUAAUUAGAUUUUGAUUUGUAUUACCAGUGAAUAUGUAAAUGAGAGAACCUUUUGAAAAAGAACUUGAGCAUUGUGGCCUAAGCCAAGAUAAGUGGUUUCAUACGAAUUGUAAGUACUGCCUUUGAUAUUUGUUUGUUUAGAUGUAUAUUAGUGAUUUAGUUCGAAUACUAAUAAGACCUGGUUUAUACCACCAGUGAAUGCACUAAACAUAACUGAAAGCAGAAGGAGGAACUACUGAAGAAGCCCGUCAUAUGGGCGAAACAGGCGAAAAACGCCGGCAGCCUGUCUAUCAUUGACACUUUGUUCGACCUGCUGCCACUUUGCUGACCACUAUAUAGCCUCAAAGACCAUAAAGACUGGUUUGCCUUUCGGUAUUUAUUUGUAUAUGCUAUCUGCUUGACGUUUGGUUUUGGCUUCUGUGUCAGCACUUGUAUAUGGUUCUCUUAUUGUUUUCUUUUUGGAUUAAUAAUACUUGAUUGAAACGUGAUUGAAUCUUGUGCCCUUGCGUGCUGCUUGUUUUGUAUUGGACUUUUGAUGAUUGAUGUUUUGGCUACGUCACUGGUGCCAGAAGGAUUUUCAUUUUCAAUGCAAUCCAAGAUUUCUCUAAAAUAUAUUAUGACAUCUAGGUGUUUUUCAAUUGGAUGGUGAUGUUCUGUGAGAGUCUGGGUAGGUUGCUUAAGGCUUCCCUCAUCAAUGGAAUUCUGACUGGUCAUGUCAAAAAUGGGGGAAAUGUGUCAAAUUCAAAAUCAAAACUUACAUCUCCAAUUGAUUUAAAACUCAAAAUAAAAAGGGACUAACCUGCUUGCUAAACUAAUUUAGAGGCUGUUAAAAGAAUAAAUGAAAGAUCAACACCGGGAAUGUUUUAAUUGGACUAAUUUGGACUAAUUAAGAAAUGCAGUAUGAGAUUAGAUCAUCACUCCCCAAACUUCAGAGCAUGGGAAGUCACCCAAAAGAUAUAUAAUUUGACAUUGAAUAUUUGGCUUUUUUGAUUGUAUUAUAAUUCGGAAUGUUUUAAUGUGGUUUUUAUUGGAUGGUUAAAUUUAAUAAAUAUUAUUUUUAUUAAAAAAACCUCAAAAACUUCUCUGCCUCUGAGAGGAGAGAGGGAGCUAAUCCCUUUCACAAUGGAGACAAUGGAAGUCACCAUGUGCUCACCAGGAAAUAUAAAAAAUGUCCGCUUUCAAUUUCUCUUCUCUUUUAAGAAAAUCCACAUCCACUGAAAUACUUUGAAUUUUGUCUUAACUGGGCCCCAUAACCUUUGUAGGAAUGGAUUUAGGCCCCAUGAGAGGAUGCACUGCUUAGUUAUUAUCUUUCCUUGCUCAUAUGCUCCAAUAUAUACAAAGAUAUACCCUAAUACUUGUUGCCGUGUUUAAGCAGAGUAACUAUUGCGCAACAAAAAGCAUUUUAAGGAGACUGCAAAGUAUAAUCAGGAGUGGAUUUAAUUAAAGAAAUAAUAACAGAAGUUGCACUAAUCAUAAGAACAUUACAGAAACAUGACCCACUAUCCAGGGUACUGAGCGCGGUACGCAGACCUCCUCAUAUACUGUAUGCGAUUGCUGACACGCCUUAAAUCAAUACAAGCUUAACAUCAGCUGCUGUACUGCCCCACAGCUGCAAAACUAGGUCACUACUUUUAUUAUUUCUUAUUAUUAUUACUUUUAUUCUUUCUUUUAAAGAGAUACACAUUUCAGUGGAACAGUAAUGAACCUCAAACUGUAAAUCACUCAACAAUACCACCAUGUUAAACAGGUUCAAGAUGGAAAUGAAUAAAAACUAUAUUAAAAAAGGGAAAUAUUUGUAAGUGUUUCAAUGGGAGAAAGUUCAGGAAAUUCUGGACACAAAAGAGCAAUGCACGUGGAGAGCAAUGACCCGAGUUGUAUUUGCAAAAUCGCAGCCAAGCAGCGAUUUGCCCUUUGGUUUUCUUACAGAAAGCAUCUACGUCAGCCCAAAUAUACGAUGGCCAGGGGAGGGAGCAUUAUUUCAUUAAAGAUGGCUGGCCAGGCACCAGUGCCCUCCAUGUCCCGAGCCGAGGGAGGGGGCAAGGAGCCGUGGCUGUGCCCCCCGCCCCCCAAUAUGCACAUGAUUCAGGCCAAGCUCUGUGCCCCAUUCGGGAUCGGGG